UAAGCCAGAAGGCACAACAGAGACGACGCAAAGAACAGUUGGACAAACUGUAAACUUGUGCAGAAGCAGCCACAAAGUGCUCACAAACUCGCAGUCUGAGGAGCCGUCAAAAAACGCAAAGCGACUCAUCCUUUCUUGCUGUGAAUGAGGGAUACUUCGCUGGACAUGUGAAUUUAAAAGGAGAUACCUGCCAAGCACAACAAUGAAGCAAACGUCUGUCCUGUGUUGCCUCGGCUUUCUCCUGACAAGCGUCUUGUUUGGGGUCGUCUCUCCACAAUCAGUCUGUGCUGGCACGGAGAACAAGCUAAGCACUCUGUCGGACCUGGAGCAGCAAUAUCGCACAUUGAGAAAAUACUACGAGAACUGUGAAGUCGUCAUGGGCAACCUUGAGAUCACAAGCAUUGACCGUAGUCGAGAUCUGACCUUCCUCAGAUCCAUACGAGAAGUGACUGGCUACGUGUUGGUGGCUCUGAACCAGUUCGACUAUCUGCCUUUGGAGAACUUGAGGAUCAUUCGUGGAACCAAGCUUUAUGAAGACCGCUACUCGCUCGCAAUCUUUCUGAAUUAUAGACGGGAUGGAAACUUUGGCCUUCGACAGCUGGGUCUUAAAAACCUCACAGAGAUUCUCAAAGGAGGUGUGUAUGUUGACCAAAACAAGUUCCUGUGCCAUGCAGACACAAUCCACUGGCAGGACAUUGUUAAGUAUCCAAGGAUCCAUCCUAUAGUGGUACCCACUAACAGCAGUGUUACAUGUCAAAGAUGUCAUCGUUCCUGUACUGGGCGCUGCUGGGGCCCCAAGGAGGACCACUGUCAAAGCUUAACUAAGACGGUGUGUGCUGAACAGUGCGACGGUCGCUGCUUUGGUCCCUAUGUAAGUGACUGCUGCCAUCGUGAGUGUGCAGGUGGCUGCUUUGGCCCAAAGGACACAGACUGUUUUGCCUGCACAAACUUCAAUGACAGUGGAGCGUGUGUUACACAGUGCCCUCAGCCAUUUGUCUACAAUCCCACCACGUUCCAACUCGAACACAACCCGAGGGCAAAGUACACCUAUGGAGCCUUCUGUGUCAAGAAGUGUCCUCAUAACUUUGUGGUGGACCACAGCUCCUGUGUAAGAGCAUGUCCUAGUAACAAGAUGGAGGUGGAGGAGAACCGCAUUAAGAUGUGCAUCCCUUGCACGGAUAUCUGCCCAAAAGCAUGUGAUGGCAUAGGCACAGCCAGCCUCCAGACAGCUCAGACAGUGGAUUCAAGCAACAUUGACAACUUUGUCAACUGCACCAAAAUCAAUGGCAACCUGGUGUUCCUUAUUACAGGGAUUAAAGGGGAUGUCUAUCACAACAUCGGACCUUUAGAUCCAGAAAAACUCAAUGUGUUCCGGACUGUUCGAGAAAUCACAGGCUACCUUAACAUCCAGUCUUGGCCUGACAACAUGACUGACUUGAGUGUUUUCUCCAACCUAGUAACUAUCGGGGGAAGAGCGCUGUACAGUGGGAUUUCCCUGUUGGUGUUAAAACAGCAAGGCAUCUCAUCGCUGCAGCUUCAGUCCCUGAGAGAGAUCAGUGCUGGGAAUGUCCACAUUGCAGAGAACAGCCAACUCUGCUACUACAGCACUGUGAACUGGACAAGACUCUUUCGUGCGGGUAACCAAAAUGUCCUUAUCCGCAGCAACAGAAGCCCACAAGAAUGUGCCAAGGACCACAUGGUGUGUGACACAUUGUGUUCUGAUGCUGGAUGUUGGGGUCCUGGCCCGAACCAGUGCUUAUCCUGCCGGUACUUCAGCCGGGGACGAACCUGUGUAGAUACCUGUAACCUGUAUGAAGGGGAUAUUCGAGAGUAUGCCAAUGGCUCAAUGUGUGUGGAGUGUGAUGCCCAGUGUGAAAGAGCAGACGACGACUCUUUAACCUGCCACGGCCCAGGCCCAGAACAUUGUGUGAAAUGCCUUCAUUUCAAGGACGGUCCGAACUGUGUGGAAAAGUGUCCUGAUGGCUUACAAGGUGCCAACAGCUUCAUCUUCAAAUAUGCUGAAGUAAACAAUGAAUGCCAUCCCUGCCAUGCCAACUGCACCCAAGGAUGCAUUGGACCAAGACUACAAGACUGCAUUGGCUGGAUGGACAGAACCCCUCUGAUUGCUGCUGGAGUGAUUGGUGGCCUCUUCAUGGUGGUGAUCAUGGUAUUGAGCGUAGCAGUGUCUGUGCGGCGGAAGAACAUUAAGAAGAAGAGGGCCCUUCGGCGAUUUCUGGAGACUGAGUUGGUGGAACCUCUGACUCCCAGUGGAACAGCUCCUAAUCAAGCCCAGCUUCGCAUCCUGAAAGAAACCGAACUUAAAAGAGUAAAGAUCCUUGGUUCAGGAGCCUUUGGAACUGUAUACAAGGGUAUUUGGGUCCCAGAGGGUGAAACUGUAAAAAUUCCUGUGGCCAUCAAAAUCCUUAAUGAGGCCACUGGACCCAAGGCGAAUGUGGAGUUCAUGGACGAGGCUUUAAUAAUGGCUAGCAUGGAGCACCCUCACCUUGUCCGGCUGUUGGGUGUCUGCCUGAGUCCGACUAUCCAGCUGGUGACACAACUGAUGCCUCAUGGCUGCCUGCUUGACUACGUCCACGAGCACAAGGACAACAUCGGUUCACAGCUGCUGCUCAACUGGUGCGUCCAGAUUGCCAAGGGAAUGAUGUACCUGGAGGAGCGUAGACUUGUCCACCGAGAUCUUGCAGCCCGGAAUGUUCUGGUCAAAUCUCCGAACCACAUCAAGAUCACCGACUUUGGGCUGGCUCGGCUGCUAGAUGUCAACGAAAAAGAAUAUAAUGCCGAUGGGGGAAAGAUGCCAAUCAAGUGGAUGGCCCUGGAAUGUAUCCAUUACAGGAAAUUUACCCACCAGAGUGACGUUUGGAGUUAUGGUGUGACCAUAUGGGAACUUAUGACCUUUGGAGGGAAACCAUAUGAUGGCAUUCCGACCAGAGAUAUUCCAGAUCUACUGGAGAAAGGAGAACGUCUUCCUCAGCCACCGAUCUGUACCAUUGAUGUCUAUAUGGUCAUGGUCAAAUGCUGGAUGAUUGAUGCAGACAGUCGACCCAAGUUCAAAGAACUAGCUGCAGAGUUCACACGGAUGGCUCGUGAUCCCCAGCGAUACCUGGUCAUCCAGGGUGAUGACCGCAUGAAGUUGCCCAGCCCCAAUGACAGCAAGUUUUUCCAGAGCCUGCUAGAAGAAGACGAGCUUGAGGAUCUGAUGGAUGCCGAGGAGUAUUUGGUUCCUCACUCCUUUAACAUUCCACCACUGGCAUACACUCCUCACACACGCAUGGACUCCAACAAGAAUCAAUUUGGCUGUCAGGAUCCAACUUUUACCAUGGGAGACAUGCUGGCUGCUCUGCCUAGAGUGGGUCAAUCCAUGUCUGGAAGCAGCCUCCCUUCACAGGAACUCACUGCAGGGACCCAGAUUAGUGGUGGAUUUAGUCGUGGCAACCAAGAUGACCCUCGCUGCAAUGGCACCCUCAGAAAGCAACCGUCCCCAAGGUCAAACACCCUUGGUUCAGCUCAUACUCCAGGACAAGGCGGAGGAGAAGAGACAAGCGGACAGCGCUACAGUGCGGAUCCUACUGGUCUUUUAUCAGAACGAGGUGAAAAGGGAGACAAGGACGGCUACAUGGCUUCCAUGAGGAACAAGAACACCUCAGAUCAUCUCCAUCCUGUUGAGGAAAACCCUUUUGUCACACGUCGUAGAAAUGGUGAUGCCCACGUAGUGAUAGAUGGAGCAAGUUGCCACACCUUGCACAUAUCUGGUGCUACCGCAGCCCCAAUAGGCCAGUCUGCCCAUGGAGACGAUGAGUACAUCAAUGAGCCACUGUAUUUGAAUACAUUCCUUAGCCCAGGGGACAAAAAUGGAUUAGCUGGUGCCAUUUCCAUCUCUGGUUCUUCGUCCUCUACUGCACAAUCAGUCCUGCAGACAGCAAACCCAUCCACAUCAAGCCACAUCGUUUCCUCCACUGGAUAUGUGGUAACUCCUGGCUUACUCUCUCACCCAACAUAUCCAUCACAUACCUUGCAUCCAGGGCAUUCAGGACACACACUACACUCAGGCAUCAGCAGUAGCACAAUGGCAUUUGAUAAGAAAGCCAAGAAAGCAACUUUUGACAAUCCUGAAUAUUGGCAGCACAGUCUCCCUCCGAAGUCCACAUUGCACAAUCCCGAGUACCUGCAGGACUGCAGCACACGUUUCUUCUACCGGCAGAAUGGACGCAUUCGCCCUGCUGUGGCAGAAAACCAGGAAUACUUGUCUGAGGCUGCUAUGAAGGCUGGCAACGCAUUGCCACCACCUCCAUACAGGCAGAGGAACACUGUGGUGUAGUGACCCACCUGUAGCAUCUGGAGAUUAAAAUCAUGUCUUUUCAAUGCCGUACUUGCCCUCAUGGGUCCUCCUUGCACCUUUUCUGGAAACUUGUCAUAAUCAUUCUAUUUGGAAGUCUUCUAUUCUCAGUGUUUGAAUCUGCCUUUCUGUAAAAGACCUACAAUAGCUGUCAAUGACAGCUUCAUCUAAGAUUUAAACCAUCCUUUUUAAACAUGACUUCUAAACUGGAGGAUCUCCUUCAGGGAGGGAUCUGGUUUGACCUGCAGAAAACUGUUCUGGCAUCUUUAACAGCAGAACAUAAGCAACCCAAGGAAAGAUUACAUCAAUGUGUUAUUUAAAAAAAGAAGAAAUAACCUAAUUAGGCUAA